UGUUCAAUGUUACCUUUAUUACUCCAUGCAGCAGCCUCCUGCUACCAUUACAUCCGAUGUUGCACUGCUGAAAGUUAGCCAACUAAAACAUUUCAGAAAGUUAGAUAACGUAGCUAGCUAACGGUAGUUAGCUAACAAGCUGGCUAACGUUAAUUUCACAACAUUAGUUAGUACUUAACAGGAUAAAGUUGUCAAAAUAAAUACAUUUUAAAAGUAACAUAAAAGCCAAUAUUGCAGUUAAUAUCUAUCUAUCCAAAUUACUGUAACGCGUUAGCAGACCUGUGUUUGACCAAGGACGAUGUCUGUGCCUUUUUCAAACACUCACCUUCGGGUUCCACGUGGGUUUGGCAAUAUCUUGGAGGGGUUGGCUCGAAAGGUCCUGCGAGACCAGCCCAAGGACAUCCCCACCUUUGCUGCCCUUUACUUCACUGCUCUUCUCAAAGAGAGAGAAGACAGUGGCUUGGACCCCGCAGAGUGGUGUGCCAGGCUUGAGGACAGAUUCUACAACAAUCAUGCAUUCAAGAACUCACCGAAUCAAGUCGACACCAGUCCAGUUGAUGCAACUCUAAAGAUUUCUAAGAAAAAGGAUGAGCUGACUGAAUCUCAAACAGAAGAGGAAACUGGUAAUAUUGAGCCAGUUGGGAUUCCAUCUCCCACAAACUCAAACCUUGAUGUCUAUGAAGAUGUGCAGGGAACUGAAAGUCAAGGAAAAGAUGAAAUGGUUAAUAUCACAGAUAAAGAUGUGAUUUCAAUGCAAAUAUAUCCCUCAGAGGUAUCAGAUAAUAAACUCACAGAUAUGGAUGUUAACAUGACAGGCAAAGAGAUUAAUGAAAGAGCUGACAAAAUGGUAUGCCUCUCUGAAUUUGAGCCCAGUGAGGAAAUCUCACUCGGUGGGCUUUCAAAUGUGGAUGUAUGUGCUGAAGAACUGAGGAAGACUGAAGAGGGAGAAGAACUCACUUCUCAGGAAAUCAGCACUGGUGAUGAUGCCAUUCUUGGAAGCUCAUACGAAAUGAACCGCAGUAGUGAAUUUGAACUUACUCAGGAAGUCUCAUUCACUGGACUGUUCAAUAUUGAUGUAUGUGCUGAAGAACUAAGAGGGACAAAAGAGAGAGAGGAACAAGCCACUGCAGAGGAUGGCCUCAGUGAAGGCUUCAAAGAUCAAGAUCUUGCUGAUGCUCAGGAGAGUUCAAUAUCACUCAUGGUUGAAAUCAGUGGACGAUUAUCACCACCCCAAACUGAAUCCCCUGAACCUAUUCUACAGGAAACAACUGACAAUUCAGGGGGUGUUCCAGAAGAGGAAGGAAUAGAAAAUCUAAUUGUUUCCACAACAUAUACUGGGAAAACGCAUGAAGUUGCAUCCUCCAUUGAUGAUGCCUCCAGAAUCUUGUCAGAUAAUGAAAGUGUUUUAGGUGACGAUGAAAAACAAAAGGAGGAAAGUAUUGUUCAGAUCAGCACUGAGGAGGUACCUAAAACCCUUAAGGUCAAAAUGUAUGAACAGCAGCCAGAGGAGGAAGGUUCGGUCGAGGCUUCACAAACUGAGGCAGAACGACCAGAUGUUGUGUCGGAGGAUGCUGAGGAAGAAACGGGCCUUGUUGGACCUGAUACUCAAGACUCUGUUGAACCAAACACUAACAUCGAAGGGGAAACGGAGGCAGUCACUGCUGAGGCUGAAGCUCAGAUAAAGGCAAUGGAGCAUGAGGCUUCUGAUAUAGGAGUGGAACAAGAUUACAAAUCUGAUUCAAGUGACGAAGAUGGGGAGAAACUGAGUAAGGUGAACGUCCGCAUUCCUAAUCAGCAGGCCUCUCAAAUAGAGCAGAAACAAGAGGAUGAACCUGAUCAUGAGAACAAAGAUCUAAGUAAGAAGGAAAUGGGUGAAGACAUCUCUCCGGAGGAUUCUACUAAGAUGGAAAAUAAGCAAGAGAAUGAUAAUCCUUACAUCAAUGAUGAUGACACAGAUAUGGGGGGAAAAUACAUUUCACACGCAUAUCAACAAGGUCCUUCGAACGAGGUUAGACCUGCAGAGCUGCAGCAAGAGGAUGCUGAGAAAGAGACAGGGGACACAGCUGAGCAACAGGAGGAUAUAGACGCGGUGGAGCACAUGGAAACUGAACUAAAAGGACUUGGAAAAGAGGACACAAUGACCCCGUCUCAGGACACAGACCAAACUGAUGACAACCCAGAGCACAUGCCAGAGGGAGAAAUAAAGGACAGUGUGGACAAGACUUAUGACAAGGAAGAAUGCAGCCAACCCCAGGAGGAGGAGGACAUCAUGGACAUACCUCUGGACGAUCCAGAGGCCAACAAGGCAGCUGCCAAGAUCCAGGCUGGCUUCCGUGGUCACAUGACCAGGAAGAAGAUUAAGCCUGCUGACAAGCCUGAGGGGGAGGAGGAGGAUGAGGAGGUGAGCAGCAGUGGUGAGGCCCUCAACGGCAACCAGGGGGGGACAGAAUCAGGUGGCUCAGACGGAGUAGAGAGAGAUGACACAUCUGUGCCGGAACAGUGAAGCCUCUGACCUCGAUGAAGAGAAGAAGAAGAAGCAUGGCUGUGGCUGAACCUUUUUUCCUGGAGGAGCAACUUUCUAUGUAACACAAAAUAGCAGUGUAUAUUCCAGAUUUUGGGAUGCAUCAUUUAAUUUGUGAACUCUUUAACACUUUCCUGCUUCCAGCCCCAAUUUGUGUGGGUCGUCUUUGACCCAAAUUUGCAUCUCUCACUGCAUGUACUUGUGAAACUCCUGGUAGUGUGCUAGUCUAGAAGAAGCUGAUAGUAAGUGUUUUCCCUUGCUAAACAGGGCUAAUUUGAGUUGAAUAUAAAGGUUGUGUACAAUUAUGCAUUAUGAAUACACUUCAACCGCUGGAAUGCUUGUUUCUGCAUUGUUUCAAGUGCUUGUAUAAUUACUAUUUCAUUAUUUUUGGCGUUCACAAUAUCGCUAAAAGGGAGGAAGAGACCCUUAUUGAUUAUUGUAUGGCAUAUUAUUUAAGUUAAUGAUUCAUUUAUUGUUAUCUAGAUUUUCAGUCUUUAAGUGUUUGGCACCAUAAUAAAUAAUGGAAUCACUUUCACAUAUUGGUCAGCAUUACCAUUUUCUCCAAAUCAGAUCUUCCAACGCAGUAAGCAUGCAGUACAAUGUACUAUAGUUUAUUUGCAGAUAGUAGUAAUCAUGUACAGUUUUAUCCUUAGAGAAAUGGAGUCAUAUCAUCUGCUCCUACAGUAUGUUUAUGGGUACAGAAUUUGUGUUUCAUAUAAAAUGCUGACCUAAAUCAGGUGUAUGGUAUUACCAUCGGGUUGGAACCUAAAUUAUAUUUCAAUCAUUUCGUUCUGAACAGAACCAUUAUUUUUUUCUUUCUGUUCUACUGUUCGGACCUGCGAGAUGAAGUUCUGAACUGGUUCUUGCCCCCAAAAAGUACCAGUUUAUAUCGUUCAUUUCUGUUCCUUUUUAAACCCCUGAAAUCAUUUUUUUAAAAUUACAUUAUCUUGACAUUAAAUUACUUCACCAAUCAGUGUGGAUAGAGCAGCUUGCUAUGGAGCAGGCAAGCUAUAGUUGUUUUAGCCUAGACAGCCAAUACUGCAUGGGCACUAUCUGCGGCCUACAUGUUGACCACACCACUCGUGUCACGUGCGCAAGCGUUGCAAAAUAAAUGUACACAUACAUGAUAUUCAGUCAUUGCACCCACACUGCUCAAGAGCGUCAACGAGCAUCUGCGUAGCCAGUUGCUAAAAUAUAACUUUCUAUUUGUUACACUUGACGCGCUGCAAGUCCCGCCUUUCCCAUCUCCUCAUUGGUUUUUAGGAGCAUAUACCCACGUGAGUGAUUGAAAGAUGAACUGAGGUCCACACUCCAGUCCAGUUGGUAGUGGUAAUGCAGCUUAAAGUUGGUUAGCCUACAACAGCAAGCAGCAAGUCCCCAAAUUUAAUAUAGGUUUCUAUGGAGGAACGUUGAAUGUCUUUGAACUUCCGAGAGUUGGCUUAAAGUUCGACCAAAGCUAGCUAACAAGCUUGUGUGUGCAGAGUGGCACCAGAAUUAAAAACACGUCUUACCUUUUUGUAGUUAAUAAGUCCAAUGUGAAACGUGAUAACUAUAGCAUCUGUAACAAGCAUUAAAAAAAAUGAAUCCAUUAUUUUCUUAAUUAAAAUUCUGAAUCACGCUUGUAGGCUACAGUAGACUAAGCUUCGUAGGGAGAGGGGCCGGUUGCCUACACAUGCACACACUGGCAAAGAUUUUCAGCUGUCGGGCAGACAAUGGAAUAUGUUUCUGAGUGACAGAGUAAGGGCAUAGGCACCUUGUUGCAUUAUUUGUGGGACUGGUGGAAAUGCCUGGAAUGUAAACUAACGCUACUAAAGGGUUCCCAUGCUUUUAAUUACGGUUCUGUUCCAGAACAGUAUAGAUCACAUUCGUUUAGUUUCUGAUUCUGUAGUUAUUUUUCCAGUUUUCGGUUUUGUUCCCUGAACCAGUUCCAACCCCUGAUUAUCAUCAUGCUUCAUGAACAGAUUUAAUGAAAUCAUUGUAAAGGAAUAACAGUUGUGAAUCAAUAAAUCCAUAUCAAAUGUU